GCCUCAUUCUACUGCUUCGGCUGGACUGCGAGCUUGAACGGAGCGUGCAUCUCGGAGGGCAUCCUAGUGGCGGUCAUCCUCGCUCUCGGUGCGGCGUUGCUCUUCAUCUCAGGGUGUUGCUGCGGAGUGGUGUCCACCGCUUUCUUCCAGAUCAUCUGGCUUCAGUUGCCUGGUUUCUUCGAGAGGAGGACGGCUCGGCGUGCUGCUCACGAGGUGGGAGAUUCGGCGACUGACUGGAUCAUCGCCACCCCCGACAGCGAUGUGUACAUGGAGGACUUCAGCCGCCACAACGAGGACAUCGAGGGCUUCCGCCUGUCCGACCGCCGUGGCGGGGGCCCCCGCGGCAUCGACCCGCAGGACGUCUACCGGUUCCGCCAGGAGCCAGAGGGGGCCCAUCUGCAGGGCCUUCGGGAGGAGGCCAGGCUGUUGGCGCGCUCCGAGGCUGCUCGCGGCGGAGGCGCCCCCGCGGGCAAUGCCGACCUAUGGCGUGCUAUCGAGGAGGCGCCAGGCAUCCAGACGGGCAGCGUCGUGCGCCUCAAUGAGGAUGCAGUCAUCAGCGGCGACAGGGCGAUCCACUUCUACGUGCAUGACGGCGUGGAAAAGAUGGUUUUCUGCGUCAGAUGCCCAGCUGCUGAUCUGGCCGACGCGAAGAGGAAGUUCCGCAUCGAGACGGACGACGACGGUGACGCGCGGACCCUGCCCAUCAAGAGCGUGGCGGGCCAGCGCAAGCGGGACUUCAGCGACGCGGUCGAGAAGAUGGAGCUCGUGAGUUUCUCGGACUGGGAGACGCACAUCCCAGGCCCGAGGACUACGCGCUGGUGCCUGGACUUCUUACGAAGGAGGAACGGGCCCCUGGCGCAUCACGAGUGGUGGAAGUCCACGGCCAAGCUGAACAGCGACAACUACGGCGUCUCGUUCCACGAGGCGGCGCUGCGCGCCGUGCAGACAGGCGCGGAGUACGAUCAGCUUGAUCUGGUCAACUUGGCAUCGAUGGAGCACUUGCUGCGCUCGGCCCAGCUGAUCGAGUAUUAUCAUCGAGAGCAUACUCGACAGGAGGGUGCGACCAGUUCCAAGUCGGGAGUGGACAUGGAGGAGCAGACGGUCAUGCUGGGAGUCCACCAGAGCCAGGGCAACAACCUCAUGAUCGCCCCUGAGCUGAUCACAUACACGUCGAAGGAGCUGGAGCGGCGGCUGACUCUGCUCUUGGGCCUCCGCAGCUUCGAGGAUGCCGGGCUGUCCAGCGACGCUUCAGGAGGAGGGGGCACGUCGGUGAGAAGGUCGCUGCCCUGGGUCGUGCACUCGCGGAGCUCGAGCGAGGCGAUGGCCUUCCUGAGCCGGCUGAGGGCCAGGUAUUUCACCAUGGAGCCCCUCAGUGCCAAGGACUUGCAGAUCUCGGAGGUGUCUGGGGUCCCAGUGGAUCCUGCUGCUCGCGUUUACCCGCGGUUCAGGGCUCUACCUAUGGGGUGGUCGCACGCUGUCAAUGUCUGUCAGUAUGUUGUCACUUCUUUGAUCCAGGAGGCGAUCCCAGAUAAGCACCACUUCCUGAUCACGGAUCGGGAG